AUGGAAGCGGGAAAUGAUGAUUUUUCAAUUUCACAGGAUGACCGUAAGGUUCUUUCAUUGUGGGAAAACACAGUUUCCAAGGAAAACGACCAUUACGUCCUCCCUAUUCCCUGGACGGAAGGUGUGCCUAAUUUCCCUGACAAUUACUUGGUUGCUCUCCAUCGCCUAAAGGGGUUGGAGCGUAGACUUAGAAGGGAUGACAUGUUCAACAGGUAUGAUGAGAACAUGAGGAAAUUGCUCAGCGAGGGUUACGCUGAGAAGGUCCCUGAAAAAGAAAUUGAUUGGCGCAACGAAUCUGUUUGGUAUAUCCCUCACCAUUGUGUCACGAACCCAUCUAAGCCUGACAAACUGCGCAUUGUGUUUGAUUGUGCCUGUAAGUGUCAAGGAGUCAGUCUCAAUGACCAGUGUUUGCAGGGCCCCGACUUGACAAAUACGCUGAUUGGCAUACUUUUGCGUUUCCGUCAAUUUAGAUAUGCCAUAAUGGCGGAUAUUGAAUGUAUGUACUACCAAGUCAUAGUCCCAGAAAAGGACAGAAAUGCUUUACGCUUCUUAUGGUGGGAGAAUGACUCACUCGUGCAUUAUCGUAUGCGCGUUCACCUGUUUGGAGGUAAGUGGGCAGGUAGUGCUAGUUGUUUUGCGCUUAGGCGCACUGUGCAGGAUCAUGACGUCACUGAUUUGGUGCGUGGGACGGUUCAGCGGAAUUUUUACAUUGACGACAUGUUGAAGUCUGUGAAGACAAAAGAAGAUGCCCUUGAGGUAAUUGUCGAUGUGAAAAGGGCUCUUCGUGAUGGGGGUUUCAAACUUACCAAAUUUGUAGUCAAUGAUUCUGAGCUGUUAGAUGUUAUUGCCCAUGAAGAUCGGGCAGUUGAGGUGAAAGAGCUGACUCAUGGGGUGCAUGCAAAAGCGUUGGGUAUGAUGUGGGAAGUUGAUUUGGAUGUUUUUCACUAUACUUUCAAAAUUGACAAAGGUCAGGAGAUUACUAGACGCAAUAUGCUGAGCGUAGUGGCCAGUAUGUAUGACCCACUGGGUUUGAUUGUUCCCGUCGUUUUACAUGGGAAAUUGCUUUUCCAGGAGGCGACAAGGCUGAAAUUAGAUUGGGACGAUUCCAUUCCUCAUGAAUUGUCAGUCGCGUGGAUUGACUGGAUCCAAUCUUUAGAGGAAUUGAAAGAUCUCAAGUUUAUGAGAUGUGUCAUUCCAGAGGAAUGUUCAGCUGGAGUAUCAGAACUACACGUAUUCUGUGAUGCAAGUCAGCACGCUUUUGGAGCUUGUGCAUAUGUGCGAUCAGUCAAUCCUGACGGAAAAAUCCAUGUUGCAUUAUUAGCUUCUAAAGGUCGUCUCGCUCCAUUGAAACAAGUUACAAUUCCCAGACUGGAACUGUCGGCGUGUGUCACAGCAGUUCAACUUGAUUCAUUAGUGCGUCGCGAGCUCGACUUAGACCUAAUGCAUACAACUUACUGGAGCGACAGUAAGGUUGCCCUGGGUUAUAUUUCAAAUGAAUCUAGGCGUUUUAAGACGUUUGUAGCAAAUAGGGUAUCUCUGAUUAGAGAAAAUUCUGACCCUAGUCAAUGGCGUCAUGUCCCAGGAAAUGUCAACCCGGCCGAUGUGUUGUCACGCGGUUGUGACUCAUGUGAUAUACCAAAAACCUGGCGUGAAGGCCCGGAAUUUUUGAAAGACCACAAGUCUAACUGGCCGGCGUUUGAGAUGGUUGAUAUCUCUGAUGACGCGUUAAUCGCAACAUGUGAAUUUACUGACUUGUCUGAAGUCGAUGACGCGGCUGAUGCUGGCGCGAUACGGGAGUCUAUUUUGGAUAGACUUUUUCAACAAUUUUCAAGCUACUACAGAUUGUGCAAAGCAGUAGCGUGGCUGCUUCGAUUCCGUGAUUUUUUGCAUACGAAAGUCGUGAAAAGGGGUCAAAUCAGAGCAACUGAAUUGAAGGAAGCGGAGCUUUGCAUAAUUAAAGUGGUCCAGAAGACUGCAUACUCCGGCGAAAUUAGAGACUUGCUAAAGACCGGCCGCGUUUCUAAGUCGAGCGCGAUUUACAAAUUGUCUCCAAUCAUGCGUGACGGCGUUUUGGUCGUAGGCGGUCGAUUAGUGCAUUCUUUUAUGGAAUGCAAGCAACCUCCGAUUUUGCCGAAAGAUCAUGUUGUUUCUGAUCUUAUCGUCCGUGAAUUUCACGGUGACGCUCAUUUGGGCACCGAGUGGACUCUUAGCAACAUCCGCAGAAAAUUCUGGAUUGUUGGUUGCAGAAGUAUUGUUAAAAAAGUUGGGAAAAGGUGUGUAGUUUGCAAACGAUUGUAUUCAUCACCUAUGAUACAGAAAAUGGCAGAUUUACCAGACGUGAGAUGUCAAAGUGGAGGUCCCCCCUUUGACGUAGUUGGUGUUGAUUUGUUUGGCCCCCUUAAGGUUAAGGUUGGCCGCGCGGUGGCAAAACGGUACGGCUGUGUCUUUACUUGUUUUAAAACAAGGGCUGUGCAUAUUGAAGUUCUGGACAGUUUAGAGACUGAUUCAUUUAUUAACGGUUUCAUCCGUUUUGUUGCUAGGAGAGGAUAUCCUAGCAAGGUAUACAGUGAUAACGCUACAAACCUGGUUGGAGCGGACGCCGAAAUGGCGCGCUGUUUGCGUCAAAUGGAUAAGGCUAAGGUCAUAUCUGAAGCUAGACGUAAAGGUAUUGAUUGGGUAUUUAACCCCCCUCAUGCAUCACACUUUGGAGGCGUGUGGGAACGAAUGAUAAGGACUAUCAGGAAAAUUCUCAUGGCUCUCCUUGCAUCCCCCUCAAGCAGAUCGUUGUCCGAUUAUGUGUUGCAAACAGUGAUGUGUGAAUGCGAAUGUAUCAUAAAUGGUCGGCCAAUAACACGUAGCAGUGACGAUGCAUUUGAUUUAAAUGCACUGACUCCAAAUCACUUAUUGGCUAUCCGUGGCAUCCAUUCUCUUCCCUGGGGUGAUUUUCAUACUGCUGACACGUACAGGAAAUUAUGGAGACAUGCGCAAUACAUAGUUUCUCAGUUUUGGAAAAGAUGGACAAAUGAGUACCUGCCGUUGUUGCAAUCCCGUUCUAAAUGGCAGUAUGCAAAGGAAAAUUUGAAAGUAGGUGAUCUCGUACUUAUUGUAGAUGCAUCUAUGCCCAGAGGACUGUGGCCUUUGGCGAUUGUUGAAUCUGUUAAGGUCGGCAGAGAUGGCUUGGUAAGAAGCGCUUCUGUGCGUACCAAUUCGUCAACUUUUGUGAGACCGAUCUCUAAACUGGUGUUGUUAGAAGGAGAUGUUUAG